UAAACCACACUCAAGAGCUAGCUAGCGCGCCAAGAUCACGAUGGAGCAACAGGCGUACAACCUAUGCCUCUUCUUGGCCCUCCUACUCCCUCUCCUGCUCCUCAAGCUACUCACGAAGCGAAGCGGCGGCAAUGGCGCCGUCCGUCUGCCGCCCGGCCCGUGGCGGCUUCCGCUCAUCGGCAGCCUGCACCACCUGGCCGGCGGCCCGCUCGCGCACCGCGUCAUGGCCGACCUCGCGCGCCGGCACGACGCGCCGCUCAUGUACCUCAAGCUCGGCGAGGUCCCCGUGGUGGUGGCCACGUCCCCGGAGGCCGCCCGCGAGAUCAUGCGCACGCACGACGCCGUCUUCGCGACGCGGCCCUGGAGCCCCACCAUCAAGAUCUAUAACGCCGACGGGCAGGGCAUCAUAUUCGCGCGCUACGGCGCGCUGUGGCGGCAGCUCCGGAAAAUAUGCAUCCUCGAGCUCCUCAGCCCGCGCCGCGUGCAGUCGUUCCGCGGCAUCCGGGAGGACGAGGCCGCCCGCCUCGUGGAAGCGGUCGCGGCCGCGCCGCCCCGGGAGCCUGUGAACGUGAGCGAGCGGAUCGCCGUGCUCCUCGCCGACUCGACGGUGCGCGCCCUGAUCGGGGACAGGUUCAAGAGGAGGGACGAGUUCCUGCAGACCAUCGAUGAGGGGGUCAAGCUCGUCGCCGGGUUCAACCUCUGCGACCUUUUCCCGUCCUCGUGGCUCGCGAGGUUCGUCAGCGGCACGGCACGGCUGGCCCAGGAGAACCACCGCAAGUGCUUCGAGCUCAUGGAGUACGCCAUUAAGCAGCACGAGGAGCACAGGGCCGCCACCGCGGCGAACGGCGCCGUGGAGAACGGAGAAGACCUGGUGGACGUGCUCUUGCGGCUACGGAAGGAGGGUGGCCUCGAGGUGCCUCUUACCAUGGGAAUGAUCAAAGCAGUUAUACUUGACCUAUUUAGUGCGGGGAGCGAGACAUCGGCGACCACGCUCCAAUGGGCCAUGUCGGAGCUCAUGAGGAACCCAAACGUCAUGAGGAAAGCACAAGCCGAAGUACGAGACAAACUCCAAGGGAAACCUAAGAUAGGUGAGGAUGACUUGGCCAAUCUCAAAUACCUCAGACUCGUCAUCAAGGAGACAAUGAGGCUGCACCCGGCCGCGCCAUUGAUUCUGCCGAGGGAGGCCAUGGAGUCUUGCAUAAUCCUCGGGUACGACAUUCCCAAGGGCACCACGGUGUUGGUGAACGCUUGGGCGAUCGCGAGAGAUCCUAAGCACUGGGAAGACCCCGAGGAGUUCAAGCCAGAGAGGUUUGAGUCAGGUACGAUCGACUUCAAAGGAACGGACUUCGAGUACAUACCCUUUGGGGCAGGAAGGAGGAUGUGCCCUGGAAUAACUUUUGCGCAGGCAAGCAUGGAGAUAGUGCUGGCUGCGCUUCUCUACCACUUCGACUGGGAGCUCCCAGACGGGGUGAAGCCAGGUGAGCUAGACAUGGAAGAGGAGAUGGGCCUCGCCGUCCGACGGAAGAACAACCUGUACCUACAUGCUAUGGUCCGUGUGCCGCAUGUUUGAUUUGCACAGUUGCAUUUGCGUUGAUAUGUGAUCACAAACUCCCAUGUAGUACUAGUCCUAUCUGUGUAUAUUUAUCACGAUGUGAAGGGGUAAUGGGGUAUGAAGAAGUAUUAAUUAAUUUAGACCAAA